AUGAAUAAAAAAUUUAAAAGAAGAAGAAUUUCUCUUCGUCACACACACUUUUCUUCAUUUCAUCAGAGAAGAGGAGAAGAAGAAGAGAUGGUGUGGCGCGCUAUUCAGCGCGGCAACGCAUCGGAUGGCCCGCCGAAUUCAGUCACCCAGAGCGAUAUCGACGCGCCGCACGUGGAAGCGAUUACCAGUCAACGCUACGAGCGAUGGAUUAUCGACGAUAAACCAAACGACGGGUGGAGUUUAAACACUCCGGCACCGUUGCUGGAGAUACAAUCGUUUGAAGAAGAUUUAGACGAACUCUCUUCAAACAACAACAUGAAUAACAACAACAACGCUGGUGGUCGAGAUGAAAGUGGUAUUAAUAGUGUUGCGCAUUCGAGGACUGGGUCCGUGUUGUCCUCCUUAAACAACAACAGUAACAACGGUGGAGAAAGAGAAUACGCGAGGAGUGAAAUUUCGAAUCUCAGUCGAAGCACUCUCGAAGAGACCAGCGCUAUCGAAAACGGUACGAGUAUUCCCACGAACAACAUUAACAACAACAAUCGAAAUCAAAAUCAAAAUCAAAAUCAACAGAGAAGAGCGCCGGCAUCUGUGGUCGAUGGUCUUCCGUUUAUGACGUUAUACGACCCUUUGAUACGAGACAAAAUACCCUUCCCGGGCGCGCACGCCGUCACGGCGGCGCCAAAGACGGCGUUGCCGCGUUCGCCUUCAGAAGCGCCGCACGUGAGCCAAAACCAAAGGGCGAGAGAGAUGAACAGUUUGCGGUUUUUGUUUCGGUUACAAAGCAUCGAUUUCGAGGUUGGAAACUACGAGACGAUUGAAUGCGUCGCUUUCUUGAUUGAUUUACAGCAGAAGAAGAGAUUGUCGGAGGCUUUUUAUUUCAGUUGGUCGCCGGGCGACGAGAGGGACGGGAAUCCGGAGAAGCCAUCGGCGGUGUUUGCGAUUCCUCAUCACAGAUGCGCGGCAUCGGUGAGGUUGUUCGUGCAGAUUGCACACGUGACGCCAGAAUUCGGUGGUUUGGAUCCGAAAGUGUACACCAUGCGGGACGACAAGAAAGCGAAAUCGUACGCGGAAAGAGAGAUUUUAAGAGUGAAGCAAUUGAAGUACGGAAACACGGGAGGAGGAGGAGGAGGGAUGCAAACACAACAACAGGCGGCAAAUGGGAAGAUAUUUUCUAUAGAUGACGAUGAAGAUAGCAACAGUAACAAUAAAGUAGGAGCUUCAGAUGAUGAGGAUUCUGGAGACGACGGAUCGGAAUUGGACGAUUCGAAUUCGGUUUCGAAAAAGAUGCAAAAUUUCCGAAACGUCGUUCGAAAGACGGCGUAUUCAUCAACGACGACGAGUCAAAACGAUGAUUCGAGCGUCAAGAACAAUAAUUUAGGAAUGGACAGAAGAGGAGGAGAAAAUAGGAACGACGACGACAACAACAACAACAGAUUUUCAUCAACUUUUGACGAAGCGUCGAAACCGCGUUCGUUAAUCGGAUGGAUCACCAUGUCCAUUUUUGAAAACGCCACGGAUGCAAACGGUCGACCUUCUUUUAGAGUUCGCGAUACCGCAGAGUGUUCGCAGUUGUAUCGGGUGAAAGAAGCGUACACGGAAAGUGCCAUCAUCGAUGCCGCGGCUUCAGCCGGUGUCAGCCAUCCGUUGAAAUCGCACAAACCGAUUCGGUGCAAAAUUUUUGCGGAAGUUUUGCGAUUACGCUCGAUAGCACCACAAAAGCAGAAGCAACAAGACAAACAAGAGCAGCAACAACAAGAUACGAGUGCAACGAUGCUUCCAGAGCCUAGAUUACCUCCGUACGUCGUUCACAUUAAGGACUUGUCGGAAACGAGCUCUCUGAAAUCCAACUGGGAAAGCGCUUGGGGCAACACGCUUGAUUGCGGCUUGCGAAGAGAGGUUUUCAUCGACAUCCGGAACAUCGACUUGUGCAAAAGAAAAGAUUUGCGCGUGAAGAUGGAACUGCGCGACGAUGAUUUGAACAUCAACGCAAAGGGAUUGCCGGCGACCUUUCCUUCACCGGAUGGGAGGAACAAAGUGAGCGAAUUUUGGACGCCACUCUCAGUCGGGAAAACCAAAGGUGGCGUUUUUUGUUCCGAAGCUCGCGCGACGCUACCGGCGAGGCUAAAACCGUCGCAUCAUUUGAUUUUAUCCGUGUAUGGAACGGAUCAAAACGCUAAAAACCUCUUCUUAGGUUCAGUACAAAGUGAAGAAGAAUUGAUUGGACAUUCGGUGAUACCUUUGUGCGUGGCGCCAGAAACGCUCGCGCCGAAUAUCGCGAGUGCCAAUAAUCCGAACGGCGUUGAAUUAGGUUUAGUCGCGGUGAAAGAGCUUUUGCCAAAGUAUCUGCAAGCGAACGUAAGAGCGCAUAUGCCGUAUUGGAACGAGAGAGUGCCGUGCGUGCACGUGAAAAUGCGACUCGCGGACACGUUGCACACCGCGGAUGGGAGAAUAGGUAAUUUCUAUGCGGCUACUGCGGCGUGGGCAGAAGGUGCAUCCGGACGAGAAGCCGUCGAUAGACUCUUAUCCGCCACGAGAAACUUACCUUUAGCUGAAGGAGCCGCGUUGUUGGCGCAUUUGCCUGCGAUAUUUAAAAUGUUAUUGAGGUUAACCAGGUUGGAAGGCGCGCUCGACGAUGUUUCGCACAGUAAUAAUUACAAUAACCAAAGUGCGAUUGAUGAAAGCUACGGCGCAAAAAAUGAUAGCAACUUGAACGGGAUAGAUGCGUGGAAUAAUUUAGCCUCCGACGAUAAAAAAGUUCCUGAAUUCGCACACGUAGUCGGCGAUUCGCGUUCAGAACUCUCCGGAAGCGAAUUCCGAGAUUCCGCGUUUGGCGGAAACUCUUGGUCGACGCGCUCAAAAUCUUACGUUUUAAUAGAAGAAGAGGAUGAUUUGAACAGAGACGUGGGCGACUUAGCAUUCAGAGCUUUGAUUCGUGUUGCCGCUAAAGUGCAGACGAUCGAGCCGGGAGAGGAUUUGGGUGGAGGUCUUGCGCCGCACUCGCCGCCUUUGGAAGCUUUCGUCACUUUAGCGUUCGGCACGGAAGCGUACAAAUCUGGGUACAUAGAUAAGCUCGAUCGAUCGUUGCCUAGAAGUAAAGCAAGCGUUACUCCGAUGCAUACGAUAUUAGCGCGAAGGUUUUCAGCCGUGUUGACAGACAGAACUGGUGCGAGCCCUUACGAAGAUGCGCUUUCAGUCUCUUGGUUUGCGCUGGGAUUGAUUUCAAGAGCGUAUGCAUUGGAUCGUGCUCAAAUCCCGCGAGAUGCCGUUUCAGUAGAUAAAGAUGCCACGCCUUUGAAAGGCGUAGCUGAAGCGCUUUCGUUGGAAGUCUCUGCUCGAGCGAGUCGGGCAAACAAGAACACAAAUCCAAGGGAGUUGAUGCGCGUUCGAACGCUCAAUGCCAACUUGGCGGCGCUCCUGAGUGAUAUUUUGGCUAUUCCAGGAAUAAAAUCGUCCAAGAACAACAAAACGUCUUCAUCUGAGAAAGCCACGGGCGAGAAGAUUGGCGACAGCGGCGAUCACUUUCGCCUGGGAAGUGGCUUGGCUGGACCACUCGGCCCGUUAUCGAUUGAGCUCGCCGCGGCGCACGCCCGAGCGCUCGCCGACGGGACAGCGGCGCACGCCGCGUUACUCAAAGAAUUUUCUGAAUUCUUAGCCGCAUCGCCGGCAUUAUUGGAUAUCAUCACCGCGGAUGUAACUCGUGCGUGGGAUCCAGCUAUCACAGCUCGUGAAGAGCGGGAGAUAAGGUGCGAUGGGAAUUACGAUGAUCGACCGCAGGAUGAUUUUUCGUCUUCAGGAAUUCAGCGAAGACCCCGCGUUAGCGUUAGCGAUGAUAUCGAUGAUAUCGAAGACGUGGGCUCUUUGGAUGAUAUUGUCGAUGGAGUUCGAAAAACGUCUCUGGAUAGCGAUGUGUCUUUACCUGCGAACGCAAACAUCGAUGUCAAAAAACACGAUGGCUCGAAAAGUAAAGCCAUUGCUUCUUCGUACGACGGCGUGCGAGAUGUUACGCUCGUGACACCAGGAGAGGCGUUCGUCUUUGCAUUGACGGCCAGCACGGGGAGAGGAUUGUCGCAAUCAAAAACUGAUGCCGCGCGCGCAGCGUGCGCAACCCGAACCGUCGCGUGCGUCACCGCGAGACACGGAUGGAAUGCUGGCUGGCAAAAGCCGGCGGCACGUCGAGCAAUAGCUGCAGCAUACGCGCCAAUGUUACGUUUAAUGAUUCGUGCAAGAGAUGUCAUCGCGAAUUUGCAGUCUUCGUUGGCAAAGAAGGAUGCAUUGGCUGUGUUUUUGGCUUUGGCGAGAGACUCAGACCCAGCAAAGCUGUGGGGAUGGUUGUCGCAAGAUCGUGAGCGAGUUCGUUCUUUCAUAUCGUUGUUGCGGGACGCAGCGGAAGCUUUUGAAGUAAAGCCUGACGAUGAAUUUAUGAGCGAAGAAAAUCCUGCGGUACUUUCCGGUAUAAGCCAAAGCGGUGUCUUAUCGUGGCUACCGCGUGGCCCAAGCACGAGGACAGAAGCGUGGUCACGAGAAGCUGCUGGGCACUUGUCCACAGCGGCGACGACCUCUAUUUUACGUUUGUUGAGAGAUGCAUGGAAACGCGUCGACCACGAAUCACAGUUUAAUAAAAGGACGCAAGAGAUGAAUUCCCCCGCACUUCAAGGCGCGAAGGAGGAAGACAUCUUUUCCGAGCCGUUAUCGAUGGCAUCCUCUCUGCUAGACAGCAAAAGUGAGCUGGCGCGUAAAGGAGUAAGCGGUGGCAUCGGAGCACACGGAGGAAGCGAAUUUAACGUUCUCGAAGCUAUCAUGGGUGUUUUAGCUGCUUUGCUUCGUCGUUCGCAAUCUACCACGGGUUGGGUUUUGCAAGCACCGCUUCUCAAUGCAGUUAUAAGGGAACGCAAAUACGUACUCUUCGAGCCUCUGUACCGCGCGCCGUGCGAAGACGUGGAUGGCGUUUUCCCUCCUCUCGAAGCUCCUUACCCGGGUGCAAAGCCGUUUGCAUUCCUCGAAUCCGCGUGUGUUGCUCUGUUGCGUUGCGCUGCGCGCCCUCAACCGGCGAGAUCGCUCGCUGUUGGUGGGCUUCGUGCCCUCUUGGAAUCUGCACUCGAUGUUGGAGGCGGCGUCGAGUGUUUGAGACCAACUUUGACGUACGCCUUAUUACAAGGUUUGCAGCCAUUUGGUCACAACGCUCGCGCAGGAGGCGUUUCGAGAGCUCUCAGAGCGCUUUCGGAGCCAGUUUCAUCGACCAACGGUUCGAGCCAAUCGCCGGCGAAUUGGAAAUCUGCAACAAACUCUCUUAUUCGCGCGAUUGCUUUUUCAGAAGCUCGCGUCAGAGAGGUGGCUUUAGCGACGACCGGUAGUCGAAAGACAUCGGAUGUAUGCCGCGCCGUUGAACUCGAAAGCGCUUUAGCGUUAGCUUUGGAAGCGUCAUCAUCUGCACAGAUAAAAGUUCUCUCCUCGUUGUGCAAACGUUUGGAAUCGGAGGAACAUUGGGUGGAAGCCGGCGAAGCCGCUUGCGCGGCUGCUGUCGUUUGCAUGCGCGCGCUGGCGUCCGUGGCACCGGAUACUUCUACGUGGACGGCGGAAGAUGCCAUCCAAUUACGAGAUGCCUUUUUUGGACUAGGUCCGCGAGGUGCACCCGAACCAACCAUCGCAGCGUUACGAGUUGGUGCCGAGGAAGUUGGUGAAAAGCGAGUGUUGGAACACCUCGCCGCGGCGGCGAAAUGUUUCACGAGAGGUGGUUUCGAUGAAGCCGCAAUCAGAGUUGUGAAGGCAAGUUUGAAAGCAUGGGAGAGGAGAAGAGAUUUCAAGGCUCUCGCUGCGGCGCAUCACACCUUAGCAGAUUUGCACUUGAGAUGUCCGAUGCCUUUGUUGGAUGAACGGACGCACUCGCGAAACGACGAGUUCUUCACAGACACACCGAAGCCGCCGAGGGAGCCGGCAACUUACUGGCGCGUGCGAGCGCUUGGUGAGGCUUGGGGAUCACUUACUGGAGCGCAAUGGCUUUAUCGCGAUGCGCGUGAUCGAACGUUAGCAGAUAUGUCGAACAGAGUUCGGAAAUGGUUACAGUCGUACGUUCCCGCUGGAAUAAAGGUGAGUCAAUUACCUACAGCCGGCGAUCCAACGCCAGGAUUUGGCAUAGCCGGCAUCCAAGUCACGGCCGUAUUACCCUUCGAUUUUGAAUCCGAAGUGAAAGCAUCAUCUUCGAGCGAUAAUCAAGACAUCAACGAAGCGUUUAAACGAGCGCUUCAGAAGCUCGACGAGGAGGAAUUCGACGAGCUUGAUCAGGAGGCUCGGCGCAUCAACGGAGGCGCCGUCGGAGGAUCCUGCUUCGAACGAGCACGAAUCUUCGCAUUCGAUACGCCUUUUAUGGUUGAAAACAAUGCACGUCGCGAAGGUAGCGAUGGCAACAACAACGGCGUCUAUAACGACUUGCGAUCGAGAGGUAGGCGUCGAUUGACUUUGGCCACGAAAAAGGCGUUUCCAAGCUUUUGCCCCCGGUCUGAAAUCGCCUUCACCAGAGUCGUCGAAAUGUCACCGUUGAGUUCAGCCGCGGAGAUGUUACGCGCGCAAGGACAAGCUUUAAUGAAGGCGGCGAGACAAAGAAAUGUGAAUCCGGAAAUGUUGCAAAGAUUGUUGCAAGGAUCGCUCGCGGCUGGCGUUAACGGAGGCGUUCCGGCGCUGGUGCGCGCGUUUUUCCCAUUCGCGUACGAGGGUACUAAUACCAACGUAGAUUCCGUGCCGCCGCACGUGGCAGACGCGAACGCACACGUCGUUGGCGGUUCUGCGGCGACUUCUCCGGAAGGUACGAUUAAAUCCGGCAAGGCUGGUUUUCAGAAGAAGAACUCUUCCGUUCUAGGGGAUUUGCUCGGAAGGCAUAAGCGAGGUAUUUCCAUGUCGGAUAAUUUUGAUGGCGUUCCGCUCGAAGGCCCGGAUGGAGAUAUGCACUCGAGAGACCAAUCUAGAGCAGAACAGGUCUUUCUGAGUCCGAGACAUUCGUUUUCUGUGGAUAUUUUAACUGCCACGCCCGAUCGCGCAAACGCAAAGCAAAACCCGCUCGAUUUGACGGCGCCUCUCGUCGAGCCAAUCUCGCCUUCGAUGUUGUCCGGCAACGUCGACGACCCGAGCACUCCUCGAAAUUCCACCAACAUGGAUUCCAAAGAUUCUAAGGACUUGGUAAACGCCUUGUGGGAGCUCCGAGACGCGUGCGCCGAAGCUGUAAAAGCGCACGAAAAGUUGGACGUCGUCAAUCCCCAGCUGCAAGGUUUGUUCGAAAACUCCUUAAGAACCUUAGGCAGCGACAUAUCGAGAGUCGCGCGAGUCCAGCACACGGCGAAGAUGAAUAGCAAUAACAACAACAACAACAACAACAACAACAAUAAUACUAGUAAUACCAAUAAUAAUAGCAAUAGCAAUACCGUUGGCGGUAAGUAG